UCAAGAUUCGUCUUCUUCCUCUUCCUCUUCAUAGCUUCUUUUUUCUGUGUAUUCCCCGACACGGCGAUGGCUCAAGCUACUACAGAUCCACUUGAAGUAAAAGCUCUGAACCGUCUAUUCCAACAAUGGAACCUGGCUGCGCGGCCGAGCUGGUGGAACAUUAGCGGAGAACCAUGCAGCGGCGUCGCCCUCGACACGACCAGCAUCGACAAAGACAACUACGGGCCUUCCAUCAGAUGCGAUUGUUCUUAUGACAACGAUUCCACCUGUCAUAUCACCGAACUACGGAUCUAUAUGCUGAACAUUGUGGGUUCGAUUCCGGAGGAGCUAUGGAGUCUGAGUUACCUCACAUAUUUGAACUUGGGUCUGAAUCUCUUGACGGGAUCAAUAUCGCCACAGAUCGGCAAUCUGAGUAGCAUGCAAUACUUGAGCCUCAAUGCCAAUGCCUUCUCCGGGGAGCUUCCAAACGAGAUUGGAAAUCUUCAUGAGCUGCUAGCAGUGUCAUUCGCAGAAAAUAACUUCUCUGGUUCUCUACCACCUUCUCUUGGAAAUCUCUCAAAGCUACAGCAAUUAUACUUCUCUAGCUCAGGAAUCAGUGGUGCAAUUCCGUCGUCUUAUGCAAAUCUUACAGAUUUGAACACCCUGUGGGCAUCUGAUGGUAAUCUCACAGGCUCCGUCCCUGUCUUCAUAGGAAACUGGCUCAAACUUACUGUGCUGAGGCUGCAAGGCAAUUCUUUUGCCGGUCCAAUACCAUCAACCUUUUCCAAAUUAACCUCUUUAAAAGAAUUGAGAGUAUCUGACAUUUCUAGUGGCAUCUCUACACUAGAAUUUCUGGCUGACAUGAGGAAUCUCACAACUUUAGUUCUGAGGAAUAACAAUAUUCAUGGUGAAAUUCCACUAUAUAUCAGUAAUAAUGAAAACUUAGAGCACCUAGACUUAAGCUUUAAUAAUCUGAUUGGAUCAAUUCCAGCUUCUAUAUUCGCAUUAGAUUCACUGUCUUAUUUGUUUCUCGGAAGUAAUAACUUGACUGGAGCCCUCCCCUCAAAGAAAGGCACCUCUCUUGUUUAUAUAGAUCUCUCCUACAAUAACUUAAGUGGCAGCUUCCCUUCUUGGGUCAAUGAAAAUAUUCAAAGUAAUUUCGUUGCCAACCACUUAACAGCAGGAAGUUCAAAUAGUGGGGACUUGCCUUCGGGAUGGAUUUGCCUUCAACGACCAUUUCCUUGCAGAGACCCAGGAGUCAAUAUUGGUUUUGCAAUCAAUUGCGGGGGUCCACCAGUCAAAUCUUCUAAUGGAACUUUGUUUGAGGGUGACUAUAACAAUGGCAUUGGUCCAGCUUCGUUCUUUGUUAGUGAGACAAAGAGGUGGGCACUUAGCAAUGUUGGGAUUUUUACCGAUGGUACCAACUACGAAUUCACGCAUUCAACAUCCAAAACCAUUUUGAAUACGCCAGACCGAGCUCUCUUCCAAACAACAAGGACAUCUGCGUCAUCAUUGAGAUACUAUGGGUUGGGACUUCAGAAUGGCAACUACACAGUGAACCUAGGGUUUGUAGAGACAGCUUUUCCAGAUGAUAGCCAGUGGACAAGUCGGGGAAGGCGUCUCUUUGAUAUAUACAUUCAGGGGAUUUUGAUGUCAAAGGACUUCAACAUUAGAAAGGAGGCAGGUGGAAGGUCCUUCCGAGCUGUUGAGAAGGCAUUUAAGGUUCAGGUAUUUGAAAACUAUGUUGAAAUUCACUUAUUUUGGGCUGGAAAAGGGACAUGCUGCAUGCCUGAUGAAGGUACAUAUGGACCAUCUAUUUCAGCUAUCCGUGUUAGUCCAGAUUUUACACCUACUUUUCCAGACAAGAGGAAGAAUAUGAUGCCCUUGAUCGCAGGGAUUGCAGUUAGUGUUGGGGUGAUGCUCUUUCUAUCUACUUUUGUAACUAUUUAUUUUCUCAGAAUAAGGAAAAGGCGAAGCUCCAAUCAACAGACAGAUGCCCUGAGAAUUGCUACAGGGGCAUUGACCUUCAACUAUUCAGAGCUACACAAUGCAACAAAUGGUUUCAGCCUUGCUAAUAAGCUGGGCCAGGGUGGUUUUGGGAUUGUUUAUAAGGGAAUACUUGGUGAUGGUAGACUUGUUGCUGUGAAGAAACUCUCUGCGAAAUCUGACCAAGGAAACAAUCAGUUUCUAGCAGAAAUUGCGACGAUAUCUGCUGUUCAACAUCGCAACCUCGUAAAUUUGUAUGGAUGUUGUGUACAUGGUGAUAAACGUCUCAUUGUGUAUGAGUUUCUAGAGAACAGUAGCCUCGAUCAUGCCUUAUUUGAAAAAACAAGCCUUCUUAUUGACUGGGGCACUCGUUAUGAUAUAUGUUUGGGCAUAGCGCGAGGACUAGCUUACCUUCAUGAAGAAUCAAGAGUUAGAAUUGUGCACAGAGAUGUGAAGGCCAGCAAUAUCUUGCUUGAUUCAAGUCUUAACCCAAAAAUUUCGGACUUUGGAUUGGCAAAGCUUUACGAUGAUAAAAUGACUCACAUAAACACUACAAUUGCAGGGACAAUUGGGUAUCUGGCACCGGAGUAUGCCAUGCGUGGGCACCUAACUGAGAAGACUGAUGUCUUUGCCUUUGGCGUGGUGGCUUUAGAGAUUGUUGGUGGAAAGCCAAAUUGUGCAUCUGAAGAAGAGGCAUCUCUGCUUGACUGGGCCUGGCACCUGUACGAGAAUGAGCACCACGUCGAAUUAGUGGACCCUAGAUUAUCAGAAUUUGAAGAGGAGGAAGUUAAAAGAGUGAUUCAUGUGGCCCUCCUCUGCACCCAGAUGCAGCCGUCUCUAAGGCCGCCGAUGUCCAGUGUAUUGGCGAUGCUUCUGGGACGUACAAAUGUCAUACCUGUGCCUUCAAAGCCAGGUUACUUGACUGAUAACAUGUUUGGCAGUUUUGUCAAUAUGAUGAGCGGAACAUCGAUGGAGGGAAACUUGUGCAGUGAUGACUUAUCUUCACAUAUGAGCCUGGCCAACACUGGAGAAGAGUCGCCCAAAAGUGCCGUCAAGCCAAUCCUAAAGUAUCCACCCUAACUAAGUUGGUCAGAUCUCUUUUAUUUGUCUUUCCACUGUGGUUUAAGCUCAUGAAACUCCUUUAAGAUUGUUUUUUCCUGAAUCUUGUGGUGACACUUUUGCGUUUGGUGGGGGAACGUAGAGUGAUAAUAUUCUUGGUCAAGUUAAAUCUCGAACUCCUUGCUACUCACCUCGGCAAAUCAUAAGCAUGCCCCUUUUCUCCGGCUUCCCUUACUAUUUCCUGCUUUUAUUUUUCGUUAAUUACGUACAGGAAUGAAGUAUAAACUUAGUUCUGAACUCUCCUCUUAAAAAAGGGUGAUCCAGAAAGCUUGGUGAUGAAGCAGCUGAUUAUUGAAGGUAUCCCAUGACGUGACGUGAGAUGUGAAGUUUAAUCGGAAGCAUUUUUCGAUAGAGACUGCAUUAAGAGUGAAUAUCGACAAUGUGUCAUUUCUUUCACAGUAUUGGCCAGUUGCUUUGUCAAUCAGGCCAGAGUUCUGGGGGAGGGCGUCCGUUAAAGGAAGGUAUUUUGCAUAUAUAAAAGGAAAAUAAGCAAAUGUUGAUAUCUCACACUGGGUAAAUUCUUAACCCUUCCCUCUCCUACUAAGACUACAUAAUAUUCUUGUGAAAUAUGGCCAAUACCAGGUAUAUAAGCAGUGAUUUCAAAUCCAAAGGUUAAUUGGGCUUUGGCAACUUUGUGUAAGGCAGAGUUUGGUUUUUUUGGGAGUAAUAGUGGAAAAGUUUACAAAUAAGUUAUUCUUAUUGCCACCUUAUGGAACCGUACACGAGAUUUUUACCUCAUAUGGCUCCUUGUUCAGUUCUUAUGGAACCGUACACGAGACUUUUACCUUAUAUGGCUCCUUGUUCAAUUUAGUUAUGUUUUCAAGGUUACCAGCAUUGUGGUGUCAUAGAAAAGCCGAGUCUGGUUUCUUCUUAUUGGGUGUUUAAGUCAACGACCAUCAAAGAGUUGACCCAUUACUUUAUCACUCGUCUAAUGCGUACAUUUGCCAUCUUAAAUUGUUGGAACAAGAACGUCAAACUCACUGGUAUUUGAGUGUACAAAUUGGACUUGCUCAAGAAAGCACACUAGCUUGUUCUAGCAUUUCCACCUUGAGAGCAGACUUUGGUACCUCAGCCGCAGAUACAAUUGAAAUUGAUGCACAAGC